CCUCUGUUCCAAUACAUGUUCACUUUCCAGGCUUUCACAUGCCACGCACGGUGUGCUCUGAAUCAACUUAGUCUGGCAAAUCAAACUGAAAUGGGAGAAGAAACAAGUCCACGCGCCAACUCUUCUUUUUUCACUACCAUUGGUUCAUCAGUGAUACCGACUAUCAACAAGUUGCAAGAUAUUCUCACUCCGGUCUCUGGCGAGUUGUCCAAGAUAUCCCUGCCUCAGGUGGCGGUAGUUGGAAGCCAGAGCAGCGGUAAGUCCAGCGUGCUUGAAGCGCUUGUCGGCCGCGACUUUCUGCCACGUGGCUGCGACAUUUGCACGCGACGACCGUUGGCUUUGAUGCUCGAGAACCGGCCGAGGAAACCGGAUGAUGACGGUAGAGAGUGGGCCGAGUUUCGUCACUUGCCGGGAAAGCGGUUCUAUGAUUUUACUACAGUGCGCCGAGAAAUUUUGGCGGAGACUGAUAGAGAAGCAGGACGGAAUAAGGGAGUUUCGGAGAAACAGAUUGGGUUAAAAAUAUCUUCUCCAAACGUGCUUAAUAUGACAGUCAUUGAUUUACCUGGAAUCACUAAGGUUCCUGUUGGAGACCAGCCCAGUGAUAUAGAAACGAGAAUUAGACGAAUGAUAAUGGCCUUUAUCAGGCAAGAAAAUUGUAUUAUAUUGGCAGUUAGUCCAGCCAAUUCUGAUUUGGCUACUUCUGAUGCACUUCAAAUGGCCAGAGAUGCUGAUCCAACUGGUACUCGUACAAUUGGUGUAAUCACAAAGCUUGAUAUAAUGGACAGAGGAACUAAUGCUUGUAACUUUCUGCUUGGAAAAGUUGUUCCACUUCGCCUCGGUUAUGUUGGGGUAGUGAAUCGAUGUCAGGAGGACAUUAAUAAAAAUCGAAGCAUUAGGGAAGCACUUGCAUAUGAGGAGCAGUUCUUCCGUGAUAAUCCCGAGUAUAGUGGUCUUUCUGAUCGUUGUGGUAUUCCAAAAUUAGCAAAGAAGCUGAAUCAGAUUCUGGAGCAGCAUGUCAGAAUGGUUCUUCCAAGUUUAAAGGCCGAGUUGAAUUCACGUUUGACUGCUGUUGCAAAAGAGCUGCAGAAAUAUGGAAAAGUUGUGGAAUCAAAAGCUGAACAAGAAGCUAUUUUGUUGAGCAUUCUGGCAAGAUACAGUGAAGCUUUUUCUGCAAUGGUGGAUGGAAAAAGUCAGGAGAUGUCAACAAAAGAGUUGUCUGGUGGAGCAAGGAUCCGUUACAUUUUUCAGUCAAUUUUUGUAAAGACACUGGAGGAGGUGGACCCAUGCCAAGAUCUGAGUGAUGAUGAUAUUCGGAUGGCUAUUCAAAAUGCCACUGGUCCAAGAAAUGCAUUAUUUGUGCCAGAAGUCCCAUUUGAAGUUCUUGUUAGGAAGCAAAUUGCUCUAUUGUUAGAUCCUUGCCUUCAGUGUCUAAGAUUUGUCUAUGAUGAACUAAUUAAGAUGAGCCGUGCAUGUGAGGUAACCGAAUUGCAAAGGUUUCCUGUUUUGAGAAGGCGUCUAGAUGAUGUCAUGGGAAAGUUUCUGCGUGAUGGUGUAAGACCAGCUGAGAAAAUGAUAGGAAAUCUUAUUGAGAUGGAGAUGGAUUAUAUAAAUUCUUCUCACCCAAGUUUUAUUGGAGGGAGCAAAGCUAUAGAAAUCGCCAUGCAGCAGUUGAAGUCAUCUCAGGAUGGUAUGGAUGCUGAAAGGUCACUCACAUCUGAGAUGGCCCAGAGGCCUCGGACUGUUCUCCAUAAAUCAAUAAUGAAUGGUGUUUUAGCUACCCAGGGAACUCGUUCUCAAUCAAAUAAUCAGAAAGCUGCAUCGGCAGUUGGCAAUUCAUCUUCACGGACUUGGGGCUUUUCAUCAUUAUUUGGGAGCAGGGCCCAAUCUGGAGAGAGUCCAGCCAGUGAAUCUCUCAGUGAAACUCUCCAUAAUGGGGAGCGGUUACCAUCUGCUAUCCAACUAAGAGAGCCCCCGGCCAUCUUAAGGCCACUUGAAAUGACAGAGCAUGAAGCAGUGGAAAUACAUGUAACCAAAUUGCUCUUGCUGUCUUACUAUGACAUUGUCAGAAAGAACAUUCAAGACUUAGUUCCAAAAGCCAUAAUGCACUUUUUGGUCAAUCAUUCCAAAAGGAAACUUCAUAACACCUGCAUUCAAAAACUGUACAGAGAAAACCAUGUUGAAGAGCUGUUACAGGAGCAGGAUGAGGUUGCUGCUAUCAGAAAACAUACACGGGAAGCAUUCCUUGUCUUGCAACAAGCUGUCCAGACACUUGACAAAGUGGAAUCAGAUGUUUCAUCUGGAACUUUGAAUUCGAACUCUGGUGUUGAAGCUCCCAGCGGAUUAUCAAAGAUCUCAGCUUACAACACAUGGUCCCACCCAAGAACAAAUGGUGACAGUAGAUCCUCAUAUGAAUCAUCAUACAGAAAUGCUAAAGCUCAAAGAUUAUUUUAUUCAGAGGAGGUGUCAUUUCCUGACAACUCAGCAUGAUGGAGGGCAAAAACUAUCAGACAUGGUGUGAGGUAUCCAAAUUCUGAGUAAGCCAGAGACUGUUAGGCUGAUCAUCUGAAAAUAGCCUAAUCUCAAGGUGUACAGGUGAUAUAUACGGCAAAAGUUAGCUAACUACACACGCUUAGUGCUUUAGAAAAGGAUUUAGAGCUUUUCUAGGUAAAGUUAUUGUUUCCUAUUUGGAAGAGAUAUGGCAUUGUGAUAUGAUAUGCUUGUAUGAGCUUCCGAACAAUUUGGAUACAUAUAUUGCAUAAAACUAUUCCUUGUA